AUGCGGCAAAAUAAUCUCUUCAGUCUCAUCCGGUGUGAGUCACAUGCUUGUAACAAAAUCAAAAAUGUUGACAGCACCAACCUCAACAGACAGAACGUUCUCCCCAUCAAAUGUAAGCAAUACAUCUCCAAUGACAUCAGCAACUUCUCAAAACCACCAGACUCUGAGCAUGAAGAUCACGAGAGGAACACAAACCACCACUGUCACAGCUGUGAGAACAUCAACUCUCUCAUCAUCGACACGUGCACACAAAUCUGCAGAAGGCACGUCCCAGAGGACAUCUCCUUCAAGGGCAACAACCACUUCAUUCCCACCCUAUGUGAGGCAUACACCUACAGUAACAUCAAAAAUAUGGAGGACAAAGUCCUCAGCAGACACCACUGUAGGAAACCCGAGGAACACAUCACCAACUCUACCGAGACAUAUCCAUCCAGUGUCAAUUACAGCUGGACCAGAGAAACAAUCAAGCUUACCCCCUUCCACCACUUCUACCAGGAAAACAUCAGUGUCUUCUCAGAACCACCAGACUCCAAGCAUGAAAACCACCAGUGGAACCCAAACCACCACCAUCAUAGCUGUGAAAACAUCAACUCUCUCAUCAUCGACACAUGCACGCAAAUCUACAGAAGGCACUUCCCAGAGGACAUCCCCUUCAGGUACAACAACCACUUCAUUCCCACCCUAUGUGAGGCAUACACCUACAGUAACAUCAAAAAUAUGGAGGACAAAGUCCUCAGCAGACACCACUGUAGGAAACCCGAGAAACACAUCACCAACUCUACCGAGACAUAUCCUUCCAGUCUCCACAGUGUCAAUGACAAACGGACCAGAGAAACAAUCAACCUUACCCUCUUCCACUUCUACCAGGAAAGCAUCAAUGUCUUCUCAGAACCACCAGACUCUGAGUAUGAAAACCACCAGUGGAGCCCAAACCACCACUGUCACAGCUGUGAGAACAUCAACUCUCUCAUCAUCGACAUGUGCACACAAAUCUACAGAAGACACUUCCCAGAGGACAUCUUCUUCAGGUACAACAACCACUUCAUUCCCACCCUAUGUGUUCUCCUCUUCCCCUACGGGCCAAGUGCUGGAGACCAGGAGUUUGUCAGGAGGAGCGUGGACUUCACCUCACCACUUUUCAAGCCCCAGAUCGGUUUCCUGCUUGGCUCCUUGCUCUGGAAUUCCCUCUACUUCACAGAUAAUGGCCAAAUAGUUUUCCCAAAGUCAGACUACCAGAUUUUCUCCUACCUCAACCCUCCCCUUAGAGGCUUUUCGUCCUGGGACUCUGUGGCCAUGGUGGCUCCAUUCUGGGACGAUGCUGAUUUCUCCAGCAGCCGGGGAACCAUAUUUUACCAGGUGGGCCUUUCAAAGCUCAGCACACAGGGUUCUCCAGCAGCCAGCAAGGAGAGACAAAGGCCUGUGUGGAGGGUCGUGCAAGUGUUCCUGCUGUCGGAACCCUCCUGUCAGUGGGAAUAUGAGACUCUCUAUGAUGACUACAACACACUAGUGCAGAAGGUGGAGUCUUCAAUUAAUAUGUUAACAAAGACCAGAAACUACAAAGCCAGGUGGACACUAAAGAUCACAUGAGUUCAUGUCCCCGCCUAUCCUGCCCAGGUGACCAUCGGGACCAACACCUACCAAGCCAUCCUUUCCAUGGAUGGGAGCAGGUCCUACGCCCUGUUUCUCUACCAAAGUGGUGGUAUGCAGUGGAAUGUGAGCGGGCGACCAGGCAACCCCGUCCUGAUGGGCUUUUCCAGUGGAGAUGGGUAUUUCAAAAACAGCCAGUUGACAUCCCAUCCAGUAUGGGAGAAGUAUCGUCCAGACCAAUUCCUGGAUUCCAACUCAGGCCUCCGGGGGCUACAGAUCUACAAGCUGCACAGAGAAAAAAAGCCCGAUUACCGUCUCCGGUGUCUGCAGUGGUUGAAGAGACAGCUUCAGUGGCCCAGCUGGGGCUGGAACCAGAUCUCCUGCCCUUGCUCCUGGAUCCAGGGAGUAUUGGAUUUAAGAUUCCAGUUCAGCAGAGGCAGCAGGCAGCUGUGCAGCUUCUCCUCCUGGCACGGGGGCGUGUGCUGCUGCUACGGACCCUGGGGAGAGCUGCUCCAAGGCUGGAGAGUGCAGAGUCCUUGGCAACUUGACCAAGAACUGGAGCUGCAAAACUGGUGUUGCCAUUUCAACAGCAAGCCCUCCUUCUGUGCCCUGUACCAGCUAAGGCAGCCUCCCACCCCACCCCCCCCCUGGAUGGUCGGGGACCCUCACAUCACCACCUUGGAUGGUGUCAAUUACACCUUCAAUGGGCUGGGAGACUUCCUGCUGGUCUGGACCCAGGACAGAAACUCCUUCCUGCUGCAGGGCCGCACUGCCCAGACCCACUCAGCCAAUGCCACCAACUUCAUUGGCUUUGCUGCUGAAUACCGCUCCAGCAGCCUGCACCCUAUCACGGUUCAAUGGCUCCUUAAGCCCAAUAACACAAUCCAUGUUCAGCUCAAUAACCAGUCCAUAGCAUUUGAGACUAAUGGUGAAGAUACAAAAGACCAGGAGAUCUUCAGCAGCUCUGGGGUCAUAAUGACCCACUACGGCUCCACGGUAUCAGCCAGUUUCGAUGGUGCCGGUGCCGUUGCCGUCUCCGUGCUCGCUAUCUCCCACAUCCUCCACACCUCCUGCAGCCUUUCGAAGGGGUAUCAGAGCCACACUGAGGGCCUCAGGGGCUUCUGGAAUGGCAACCCAGAUGACGACUUCAGGAUGCCCAAUGGCUCCACCAUACCGAAAAGGAGCUCCGAGGAGAUGAUUUUUCACUAUGGAAUGACCUGGAAAAUCAACGGAACAAGCCUUUUUGGCAAGAGGGACGACCAUUUGCCUUGCUUCACCCCCAUCUUCCUUUCACAACUGCUGCAAAACACGUCCUUGAAUAAAAAUUUGACCUCUUCUUGUCAUGGAGAUGAUCAAUGCGUCUUCGAUGUCCUGGCCACAAGAAGCGAAAAGCUUGGAAAGGACACUAGGGCGGUAUUUAGAAUCUACCAGCAGAUGAACACUACUCGGAAUUGGUACCCACCCUCUAUCAAGGGUCCUGAUGUGAUAAAAGCCUACAUGGGACAGACCACAGUGGUUAAUUACACCAGCAACGCUAAGGACAUCACAUUCACCCUCAGAGAAAACUGCACGGAAUUCAAGCUCUUUGAGAAUGGGACAUUGCUAUGGACACCAAAGCUGCUGGAACCAUUUACUCUAGAGAUUCUAGCAAGCAGUGACCAGGGAAGCUUGUCAUCUGCACUGAAGCCAAGGACAGUGGUCUGUGAGUGCAAGGCAGAGAGCCAGUGUUUGUACAACCAGACCAGCUGGGUGAGCAACUCCUCCCUGGAGGGCUGCGAGGCCUGCCCCCCGAACCUGACUGGGGAUGGACCUCACUGUGCAUCUCUGGAGAAACCCUUCCUCUGUCACAAGUCCUGCCCUGAGGAAUACUGCUACAACAACGGCCUCUGCUCCGUCUCCCACACUCUGGGCUGCCAGCCCGUCUGCACCUGCCCCUCAGCCUUCACCGACGCCCGCUGCUUCCCGGCUGGGAACAAUUUCACUCCAACCGUCCAUCAAGGGCUUCCUUUAAGGAACAUCCAGCUCUCUCUCACUGAAGACGAAAAUGCCUCCCAAGCAGAUGUCAACGCCUCGGUGGCCUAUAGACUGAAGAACCUGGAAUUGUGGACCUUUCUCUGGAACAGACAAGUGGAUGAAACUAAACCUUCAAUAGCACCAGCCUCAGGAAGCCGCCUUCACCACUGGAACAUCAUCUCUGAGUUCCAGUACCGCCCUGAGGGCCCUGUCAUUGACUUCCUGAACAACCGGCUGCUGGCUGCAGCGGUGAAGGUGUUCUUAGCCCCGGCUCCCCAGAUGAGGGGGAAGAGAAGUGGGGGGCCCAGGAACAAUGUGGCCUUCCAUUCCAUCUCCAGGAAGAAUGUGCACAGUGUGAUGGCUCUGAAUGUGAGCAUGCUGGCAACUUGCUUGCAAUGCAAUGGCUACAAGGACUACCGCCUGGUCUACAGCCCCCAGGGUGGCUUCACCUGCGUGUCCCCCUGCAGUCAGGGCUACUGUAAGCACGGAGGCCAGUGCCAGCACCUGCCAGAUGGGCCCCGCAGCAGCUGUGUGCCCUCCAUCUACACGCCCUGGGGCAAGUGCUGUGAGCAACUGAGCGUGAAACUCGGAGCCUUCUUCGGGAUCCUCUUCGGGACCCUGGGCGCCAUCUUGCUGCUGAGGGUCGCGGUGUUUGUGAUCCUGCGUUUCCGGGGCUCCUGGGCCCGUUUCUCCUACCCGCUGGACUCCGAGAGCUGAGGCCUCGUCCCGAACACGAACACGGGCGGCUGUGGCCUAGGAUACCUCCGGACCCACCCCAGCCUCACCUGCACACACUUUCAGGCAUCGUGCUUUUGGGAUACUGGAAAAAGGAAGAUGACUGAUGAUGAUUCAUUAUUCUUCAAGAAUGGUUAAUGGGAAUGAAUAAUAAAGUCAAGAGCACACCUUGUCAGUACAGAAGACACAGAGGCUGACAGGAAGAGGUCAUAAAGAUCUACUAUAUAAAUAAAUGGGUUCUCACGCAGACCUACCCACAGAGAGGACACCAACCUACUGAAACACAGCAGUCACAUAUCAGAGUUGAUGAGGUGAUGGCUCUAUAUUGAAAACCAAAAUACAUCUGCAUGCAAAACUCUCCAGUUCACUUCUAAUUAAAGCCUAUUUAAAUAAAAUCCUUCUGGCUUUUUGUGUUUCCAAAGUCAUGGGUUUCAUUCAUGAUUUUCCUUUGGUGGCUGAAGGUCUUGGCGCAGAGGGUGGCGGGAGCAGAGGUCAACUGGACUCAGUCCUGCUUCAGCCCUCAGUUACUCCAUGUUGGGAAGUUGGGUUGCUCCAGCCCAGAUUUGGAUCUUUUCUUCAGCUUCCAUAUCACUUUCUUCCCCUCCCCACAACACAAGUCAAGGCCUGGCCCUCUGAGGAGGAUGGUGGAGAUAUCCCAAAAGGGAGUAUCCCCAACUCUCUCCGAGGACCCCUCCCUGCCUUUCUGGUCUGCUGUUGACUGUGUUCCCUGGAGGAAGGAUUGAAUCAUGACAGCUCCCUUUCCAGGAGCCACUCCAUCCUUAGAUCUAAGGUCCCAAACCCAUGAUACACUUUCUUUGCCCUUUCCUGGGCCCCAGUCAGAGCUUUUGAGCUGCUCCAUCCCAAAGUUCCUUAGCUUCAUUCUGCUUGUUCCCAGGAACCUGAUCAAUUUCCACCCCUUCCUUCUCUCUUAGCAGGCAAAAUUUUAUCCAUAUCUGACAGAACAACUCCAGAAACAACUGGUCCACACCUCCUGUGUCUAGAGCACCUCAGUUCCAACUCUAUGCAGAAACUAGAUAGUUGCCUUUUGGUCUUAUCCCAAACCAGUAAAGAGAGAGAGAAUCUGAUUGGUGUAGCUUAUGUCAGUUGUCCAUCCCUGAUCCAAUCAAGUGUAGCCAUAGGGUAUAAAAGGUGAUCACAUGAUACGAACUUGAUGUUCAAGCUCAGACUUGUAGAUGUGUGUGAGUGAUGUUGAAGGAAGUUCCCAGAGAAGCUUGAUCUCUGAUCUAAGCAGAAGCUCCAAACUGCUUUUCAUUAGAGAAUGACUUCUCCCAGCAGAUGAAGCUCCUGCCAAUAUGUACAAGGCUGUUGUUUUACCUUCAAAUGCCCCACAGUGUAAUCAAGUCUCCAUACAGAAUCACAUUCAUUUAAUCACAGCAUUCAUGUGUCAAGAAUUAAGCACACUGGAAUUUCCUAGUAGUCCAGUGGUUAGGACU